AUUCAUGUUUAUCAACAUCUGUGGUGUGACAAAGCUUAAAGCAUACCACCCUUUAACCCAAAAAAGGAGAAAACGCAUGCCACCAUUUAAGUUUGCUUUUCACUCUUUUAUUUCCCAAAAAGAAACCCUUAGUUAGAUGCCUUUCAGUAAUUCUUUUGCAUAUGCAAGUGGGAUGAUCCAGUCUUGUGGCAUUUCUUCGUCGAAAGAGGUUUGAUUUAGUAUUGGAAUAGUUAUCUUUUGGGUGUGACUUGACACGUAGAGGGUCAUCCAUCCACAUCGAGCGGGCAACACAACAACCCAACAAAUGAAAAUUGUCAAAAGCUGAAUGGACGAUGGCAAUGGCAAAAGAACGGUGAAGAUGAUGUUGGCCAAAACUUAGGGGCCAAGUUCACAACAGUGAAAGAACAGUACCCUAAUUGUUUUCAUCCAGAACAAUCUCUUGGGUUUUUACCCAUCUAAACUCAACUUGACAACCCUGGACGGGAAUAUAAGGUGAAAAGGUUACAUAAACACUGUUUUUGGACCCCACGUAUUGACUCUCUUUCCCCACUUCUGGAGGAAGCAGUUUUCUUUUUCGCUCUUUAAAAGUAUCUUUUUCUCCUCCAACUUGAUUUCAGGGGUGCAACCCCCUUCUCCCUUCUUCUGGCGGAGGAAAAGCAUCUCCUUUUCGUAGCGGGAAGUAGUGUUUGGUUUUGGUUUCUUUCUUCCAUCGUCUUCUUGUUGAGUUGCGCUUUAGUUAUCUCGUCGAUGUCUGACGAGAUGAGCAGGUGUAGCUGCAACGACAUAGUGGGAUACAGAUUUCACCCAUCUGAUAAAGAACUCAUAGAUCAUUAUCUAUGGAAUAAGGCCCUCGAUCGUGAUUCUGCUGUUCAAGCUAUUGGUGAAAUCACUGGCGACCUUUGCGACUAUGAACCUGAAAGAUUACCCGGGUUUUCAGUAAGAAGAUCUAAUGAUCAGGUGUGGUAUCUUUUUUGUCGAAGACACUACAAUAAACGGGUCAAGAGGACAACCAAGCUUGGAUUCUGGAAGUUAACGGGAAGGCAUCGGCAAAUAAAAGCCAACGUAGGAAUUGGCACUAAGAAGACUUUGGUUUUCUACGAGGGUCGCGUUUCUAAGGGAAAAUGGACCCCUUGGGUCAUACACGAGUACAGCCUGCCUGAUACUCUUCCUAACCAAGUAUCUUCUUCUAUGCUAACUCUGAAUUAUAAGGGUUAUUUUCUCUGUAAACUGAAGAGAAAAGAGGAUGAAAAGGCUGGCAUUCCAAGUGGCGAAGAAGGUCAGCCAAGUAAUGUUGCAGAUGACAAAAUUUUUGACAAUUCCAGGGAAAUCAAUAUUGAUGAGUUACUUGCACAAUUGGAAGACACAAAUGACUCUAAUAAGGUUGAAGAUGAGGUUGCUUCUGCCCAGAAAUUACAAAUGUACGGAGAUUUUGAUGAGGUUCAAAAUCAAUCUAACACCAAUGAACAGGAUGAUGAGUUUUAUCUUGUUUCUUCUACACAACAAUCACAGAUACACGAGGAGCAUGUGCCUUUUUAUAAUGAUUUUACAAAUUUUUGUGGUUCUAAUGGUAACUUUCGUAAGGUUCAAAAUCAAUCUAGCACCAAUGAACAAGAUGAUGAGUUCUAUCGUGUUUCUCCUACACGACAGUCACAGAUAUGCGAAGAGUAUGUGCCUUCUUAUGAUAAUUCCACAAAUUUUUGUAGUUUUAAUGAUAACUUUCAUGAAGUUCAAAAUCAAUCUAGCACCAAUGAACAAGAUGAUGAGUUUUGGAAAAAUAUUUUCAUCGACAAUGAGGAUGAUGCUUAGUCUGAUGAAAGAAGCAAUCAACUUGCUGUUGGAAGUGAGAGCUCUGACUUGCUUGUUGGCAUAAAUAACUUUGUAGAGUUGUCCAAGAAAUGACCAUGCACUGAUGAUGGUGGAUUCAACGGUGUCAUAGAAAUUAAAGUGUCUCAAGCAUGGGUAAAGGUAGGCCCUUGAUGCAGCUCAUAGACUCAAGUUUGAUUCCAUAGAUAUGUCUCAUUAGAGGAGCAUCAUAAAACGGGAGCAGGCUAUGCAUGACAUAACAUUGUUUGUUGCUCAGUGAUAUCAUUUCAUGGAAUAAAACUUGUUUUGUCUUGCCCAACUAAGGGUUGCCUCAAAUAGCGAGUGAACUACAAAGUGGAUUUUGUAGAAUAAUAUUAUUGUAACUUGAGAGCAUUGUAAUGAUCGUACGCCUGUUUUGGUAGGAGGGAUAUGGAAAGGAGGGUGAAUUUCUUUCCCUUUCGUCUUACCAAAAACAUGCUGUGUGGAUAAGCAUUCUCAGCUGAGAAUUCUAAAAAUUGUUAUAAUAAUCCUUUGAAUAUUCUAAUGAAGAUCAACUUUUUAAUUCGUAGCACAAAUAUCAAGAAGCUUUUUUUUUAAAAUUAAAGCUUGUGAAAUUGAAAUGUGCUUUGCUGCUCAUACUUUGCUGCAUUCUUGGCCCUGUAACCGUGGUGCACUGCUACAUGGUUCUAGACCUUGUCGUUUCGGGCACAUGAUUUAUUUCUGUUGAUUUCUACUUGUUACAUACGGCCAGGCACUUAGAACUUCAAGCAUAUUAGUUCAUUCUGAUUGAAACAUAUUCUAGAAAUGUCAUUGGUUGAAGCACCAAAUGUGACUUUAUUUGCUAUGGGCCAUUAUCUGCAUGCAAGUGAAAGGAGGUUAGACAUUCUCAAUGAAUUCGGAAAAGCCAGUGCUGCAGAUAUGCCUUUAUUUGUUCUUCAAAAUACUCUGUUGCUACAAGAAUGUACAGGCCCCAGAAUCAACUUGAACCUCACAAUUUAAUAGUGGAGGAACCUACUGUCAAGGGGAUUUUUAUGUAGUGGGAAUUCUCAAGGAAAAUUGCCUAUGAAAGACGAGGUGAGAAAAUCAACCUGCAUUCAUCAAAAAACAUGAGGAUUAUCCUUUUUCUAUUGGGAAAUGAGUUCUUCAUUUGAAAGCUAUGAUUUGUUUUCAGAUUGUAAAUUUUUGCUUGAAAACUAGGCACUGAUUGCUUUUGCAGGUUAUAGAUAUUGAAGAACAUGUCACUGCCAUGGAUAUGCUCCCAAAGGAAAAUGCUGUUAUCAAAUCUAAAGUAGACCAGUAAAUGACAGGAGAAAACAAUGCUAGAAUGAGCUUGAAGAUGCUUGGCGGUUUGGUCAACUGACAGUGAUCAAAAGAGCAUCUUCACUUUCUUGUAUAUAAACCUCUAUUUAACCAUAAAUCCCUUCUACCCAUCAGUAUAUGAUGUUAAAGCAGUCCUAGGCAUACUUUGCUUUUGGUACUUAUUUCUACAUGGAAAUUAAGUAGCUUGCUACCAAGGGCAUAUCCCUAUUCCUGUUGACUGAUGUGGAUACCGACUCGACCCACCAUACUAAUGAAGCUGCAGAUUUGCUGAAUAUCAGUAUGGCAUAUCUUUAUGUUGUCUAAGCGGUUUAUAAAUGCUGCUCUAAUUGGGGCAUCUUUAGUGUA